AUGGAUGAGGCUGCACAGUGGCUUUCUCGCUGCGCUGACCUAGCACCUCUGACUCCUGAGGAGGAGAAGAAGACGCUGCGGAAGAUGGAUUGGAUUCUGUUGCCAAUGCUCUUCAUGACUGCCAAUCUCGGCGCAGUUGACAAGGUCGCCCUGAGCAAUGCUGCCAUCUACGGCCUAAAGGAAGAUCUCAAUCUCAAAGGCCAGCAGUAUUCUUGGGCCGGUUCCAUCCUGGCCAUUGGUGCCGUGGCUGGUAUGUGGCCAUCCAUGUACUUGGUCCACAGGCUGCCCUCAGCCAAGUAUCUGGCUUGCUGUUCUCUUUGCUGGUCUGCCAUGGCACUCAUCACGCCUGCGACUCACAACUGGGGCGGGCUGAUGGCCCUGCGGUUCCUCAUGGGUGCCCUCGAGGCUAUUAUUGUUCCCUCCAUCUCCAUCAUCAUUGCAGGAUUCUACAAGAAGUCUGAACAGCCCCCUCGCAAUGCCCUCGUAUUUGCAUCCGCAAGUUCCAUCCACAACGGCUUUUUGUCAUGGGCCCUCAGCCACAUUCCGGCCAGUGCGCCUCUCAGCUCCAUCUCAUUCGCUUGGUCCCUGUUCGUUCUGUGGUACCUCCCCGACACCCCUAUGAAUGCCAAAUUCCUGGACGAGCGACAGAAAUACCACAUCGUCCAACGCCUUGCCGAGAACCAGACUGGAAUUGCCAAUAGAAAAUGGAAGUGGUACCAAGCGCGCGAGGCUCUCUAUGAUCCCAGGACAUGGAUCUUGUUCUGCUUCAACAUCUCCAUCAACAUUCCCAACGGAGGACUCCAAACCUUCAGCAGCAUCAUCAUCAACAACCUUGGAUUCACGGAGCAGCAAACCUCGCUCCUCAAUAUGCCGACUGAUGUCGCAUUCACUCUCACGACCUUCUUCUGGUCCUGGGUGGCAGGAAAGUGGCACAACCGGCGUUGUCUCGCCAGUAUGCUGGCAUGCAUUAUUCCUAUUGCCGGUGCAAUCAUGGUCUACACGAUUCCAAGGGAAGAUAUUGGCCCUCAGAUGCUGGGGAUUUACAUGCUCUACACCUACUUUGGUCCUUACGUUGUUGGCAUUUCCCUGGCUCAGGCUAAUACAGCUGGUAGCACAAAGAAGAGUGUGCAGUAUGCUCUCCUUUACAUUGGUUACGCCGUCGGCAACCUCAUUGGGCCCCAGACCUUCCAGGAAUCCCAGGCUCCGGCAUACACUGGAGGAUUCGUCGCCAUGUUAGCGUGCUAUUGUAUUUGUGCCGGCCUGAUGGGACUUUACUGGGCCAUCUCAUUUGCACAGAACCGUAGACGUGUAGCCGCUGCCGCGGAGCAACGGAACGGAGAUUGUGACUUGGUGGGUUCAUUCGCCGACCGAACCGACUUUGAGCAAAAGACAUUCAUCUACACCACCUAG